AUGGCUCAACGACUUUCACCCCCACUUGUACCCCAACCGGUCCCCAUAGUUCCUCAAGGUUUGGAACUAGUACGAGUAAGCAAGCCUUCAGUUGAUCAAAUUCGUAAGUAUGGGGCUGAAGAGUUUCGAUGUAUAUCUGCAGAUGAUCCUGAAAUAGUUGAAUUCUGGUUGGAAAAUACAAUCAGAGUUUUUAAUGAAUUACCGUGUACACCGAUGGAAUGCUUGAAAUGUGUUGUAUCAUUGUUGAAAGAUUCGGCUUAUCAGUGGUGGAAUACCUUAGCGGUUGUGUCGAGAGAACGGGUAGACUGGGAAUUCUUUCAGACUGAAUUUCGAAAGAAAUAUGUGAGCCAGAGAUUUCUUGAUAAGAAACGUAAAGAGUUUCUUGAGCUAAAACAAGGCCAGAUGACAGUAUCUAAGUACGAGAGGGAAUUUGUUCGACUUAGUAAGUAUGCCCGAGAAUUUAUACUAAUAGAGGUUUCUAUGUGCCCUCAGUUUGAAGACGGGUUAAACGAAGGUAUCACACUGUUAGUUGAGAUCCUUGAAUUAAAAAAAUUUGUAGUUUUGGUUGACAGAGCGCACAAAGCUGAGGAGCUGAGUAAAAAAAAGAGAAAAGCAGAUUCAAGUAAGAGAUCAGCGGGAAAGUCAUAUAAAUCGCCAUCGAAGAAAUCAAAAGAAUAUCAUGGUUGUUCAUCUACUUUAGUGGGUUACUCUAGUAAAGACUAA